AUGGCCUCAAAAAUCCCGUCUCUUCUCUUUUUCUCUUUUUAUUUAUUAACGAUUUUAGCAGUUACUAAUUACGCCAUCGCGAAUCAGAUUGUAUCCGAAAACAAUGCUAUUUUCGAGCACCAACCUAAAAAUCCCAUGCAACAGAAGGAUGAAAUUUCAUCAAUUCUUUACUCUUUUCUUGACGAAUAUCCAAAUAUGAGUAACAAUGAUGGUGCUACCUCUAUUGAGCCGUCAACAUCUGCCUUUCCUGUUCGUCGUCGAUUCUACGGAAUCCCUAGAUACACUACUCGUCGAUAUUUCACCUAUCGUGGAUUCAUCCCCUUUAGAAAUUAUGUACAUCGUCGUUAUCUUCUCUAUGGAAGAGCAGGAAUCUAUCCGAUUUGGAUUUCACCAUAUAAUUAUUGCCGUUUCAAUCCUUUCUAUUUAACCAAUUUUUGCCAUUUUUAUUUUGGGAAUUUCUAA